CGCAGUCUCGGCUCUUGCCCGCCGAGCCUGCUCCUCUCCGCGGCGAGGGACUCGGCUGCCUUGGCCCCUGCGCGCUGCCGUCUUUUCCGGCAGUUGGAGCGCUUCCUGUUGUCCUUACCCGCAACCGCCCCUCGGCCGGGGCUUCAGAGUCCUUUAGGCGUCCCUUCCUCUCCUCUGGUCGUCUGGGUGCUGCCGCCGGGGCUUCGCCUGUUCGCCCGUCCAGAGAGGUCGCUGGCCGCGCCGGCAUCCGCGGCUGGCCGCCGCCCCCAGCCCUUCCUCCCGCGGGGCUCUGCAGCCAUGGCAAUGACAGGCUCAACACCUUGCUCAUCCAUGAGUAAUCACACAAAGGAAAGGGUGACAAUGACCAAAGUGACACUGGAGAAUUUUUAUAGCAACCUUAUCGCUCAACAUGAAGAACGAGAAAUGAGACAAAAGAAGUUAGAAAAAGUGAUGGAAGAGGAAGGCCUAAAGGACGAAGAGAAACGACUGAGGAGAUCAGCGCAUGCUCGGAAGGAAACAGAGUUUCUUCGGUUGAAGAGAACAAGACUUGGAUUGGAAGAUUUUGAGUCCUUAAAAGUAAUAGGCAGAGGAGCAUUCGGUGAGGUGCGGCUUGUUCAGAAGAAAGAUACAGGGCAUGUGUAUGCAAUGAAAAUACUCCGUAAAGCAGAUAUGCUUGAAAAAGAGCAGGUUGGCCACAUCCGUGCGGAGCGUGACAUUCUAGUGGAGGCAGACAGUUUGUGGGUUGUGAAAAUGUUCUAUAGUUUUCAGGAUAAGCUAAACCUCUACCUAAUCAUGGAGUUCCUGCCUGGAGGGGACAUGAUGACCCUAUUAAUGAAAAAAGAUACCCUGACAGAAGAGGAGACGCAGUUUUAUAUAGCAGAAACAGUAUUAGCAAUAGACUCCAUUCACCAACUUGGAUUCAUCCACAGAGACAUCAAGCCAGACAACCUUCUCCUGGACAGCAAGGGCCACGUGAAGCUUUCUGAUUUUGGCCUUUGCACAGGACUGAAAAAAGCACAUAGGACAGAAUUUUACAGGAAUCUGAACCACAGCCUCCCCAGUGAUUUCACUUUCCAGAACAUGAAUUCCAAAAGGAAAGCGGAAACCUGGAAAAGAAAUAGACGUCAGCUAGCUUUCUCCACAGUGGGCACUCCUGACUACAUUGCCCCUGAGGUGUUCAUGCAGACCGGCUACAACAAGCUCUGUGAUUGGUGGUCUCUUGGCGUGAUCAUGUACGAGAUGCUCAUCGGCUACCCACCUUUCUGUUCUGAGACCCCUCAAGAGACCUAUAAGAAGGUGAUGAACUGGAAAGAAACUUUGACUUUUCCUCCAGAAGUUCCUAUUUCUGAGAAAGCCAAGGAUCUAAUUUUGAGAUUCUGCUGUGAGUGGGAACACAGAAUCGGGGCCCCCGGAGUGGAGGAAAUCAAAAGUAACUCUUUUUUUGAAGGCGUUGACUGGGAACAUAUCAGAGAGAGACCUGCUGCGAUAUCUAUCGAAAUCAAAAGCAUUGAUGACACCUCAAACUUCGAUGAGUUUCCAGAAUCUGACAUCCUUAAGCCAACAGUGGCUACAAGUAACCACCCCGAGACUGACUACAAGAGCAAGGACUGGGUCUUCAUCAAUUACACGUACAAGCGCUUUGAGGGCCUGACGGCUCGGGGCGCAAUCCCUUCCUACAUGAAAGCAGCAAAAUAGUGCCCUUGAACUAGAACCCUAAAUGGAGCAGUUCUUUGUACAACAUGCGGUUUUCCUCUCACAUGCUCUUGAAAGCGUUUCCAAGAAGUUUAUGGAGCCCACCAGCGUGUCAUGGCAAACUCCGGCAGUGUAGUGUGGUAGUGAGUGGGGUCCCUUCCAUAACGCAUCUGAAAACCUGUCCAACAAAGACGACCAUUCCUGCUGCAUCGGCCAUAAACUUCUCUAGAAGCAUCGUGAGCCAAUUUGAUAGAGAUUUAAAAAAAACUCGUUUUCCUAAGUUCAUCAGAAUGAAGGAGAAAAAACAGCCAGAAUCAAAUGUCAUUGAGAUUGUAACACAUACUUCUUGAAGAUCAGCCAAUUUCUGUGAUUUUUGUGACAGACAUGCUUUCUGCCAAGCCCGCCAAGUAUUUCUUCUCCUUGACAGCUGACAGGUCCGUAGUACUAAGGAAAUAAAGCAAUAACGGAAGCCUCGGCCGCGGCUGGAGGAGACGCCCCAAGUCCUCGGGCCGGCGGGGAGGGUCGUUCUCCCCACACCUCGCUUCGGGCGGUGGCCGGAUAGCCACCAUUCACGGUGAACUUUAUUUAUGGUACUAGGAUAAAGACCCUCCAUCCGGUGAUUUCUCUCCUUGUGCCCGCCUAAAAUACGCUGCUUUUCUGAGUGUUGAAGGGGGAUACCAGCUCCAUCUCUUGUUGCGCCGAAAAGGCCCAAAAGCCACCGGGCCUUGUCAAGGAUGCCAGGUCAUGUGGAAACCUUCACCGUCUCUUCAUGGCCGCAUCCGAAAAGCCCUAAGACGGCUGUUGUCGUGGACCAGAGACAGCCGAGAGGGACAGGGACACGGCAGGGAGAGUCCGGGCAGUGGCAGGAGGUCUGGAGCCCUCUUGGCUAAGGUGCUGCUCCUGCUUGGUCUCCGGAACCUUCCUGGACGUGAAGCAAGCAGCCCAGUAGAAAGUGCAGAGCCAGCCUGUGAAUCCGUGUGAAGUUCACUCCUUAGUCCUUGAUGCAGCCGUGUUUUGUCUUCUUUCUCGGUCUUUCUCCUCUCUGAUUUAAGUAACCAUUUUGCCUUGGAAUCAUGAGUACAAAUUUUUCCUUUGCAGAUGCCUUCCCCGGGGGGGUGCUAGCCUGCGGCUCUGGCUGGCCAGGCCUUUCCGCAGCCGCGUUCUCGUGAGAGACCCUCGGAAUUUUAGCACAAAGUGCCUUUUCUUUCCCAGCUGCCACCACCUUUAGAGGAAUUUUGCUGUGUCAGAAAAAUGUGGAAGCUCCAUUUUAAGGCAUUAUUUAAAAAUUUUUGAGAACUCUGAAGCAUUAUUUGCACCUGUGCGGUAAUUUUGCCUGUUGCAAAGCAUCAUGGCCAAGCUACAACUGGGAGUCUGCUUUCCGCCAGGCGUGAGGUUAGGAGCAACUUGACAGUGUGUCCUAGCUUAGCCAUUCAGAGGGGAAACGGGGUAAUGUCAGAGUUACAGUAGUAAAGGAAACUGCUUUGGGUUCUAAUGUCUUAGAGGGAGAAAAAAACCCACAGGGAAGUAUCCACUUUGGAUGAAGGUAAUGUUUGCCCCUUAAUCUUUCAUUCAUGGUCUGUUAGUGAAAGGGAAGUAAAUGAGAUUCUUUUGUGUAACUUGGUAGUUUCUUUGUGUUACCAAAUAGCUGACCUGUUGAUCCCCAGGGGUUUUGCAAGUGUGUGUGGUAAGCUUGCUAAAGAGAAGCAAACAGUAGUGGUGACUGUGUGGGGAGUGGCAGGGGCUGAUUUGUUUUAGGGGAAAAUGCCCACAUCUUAAACUUCUCAAUAAAACUGUGUGAAAACUGUGAA